AUUCUAAAAAUGUAAACAUUAUUGUUUUUGAUUCGUUAAAUUAGAUUCUAGUGAAUUAGAGCGACAAAAAACAAUAGAAGAAUGUCUUUUUUCUAUUUAAAACCAGUAAUAGGUGACAUACCAGUGCAUUUAUUGGAAACAAUAGUCACACAAAGAUUGGGUUACCUAAAGGUUAUAUUUAAUGACAAUUCUUACGCUUACAACGAAUAUGUUGUGGAAGGAAGUUUGUACGAUAAUGUGGGCCACUUUAUGCUGUGUAUUGUGACAAUACUAGGUGAAAAUACAGGGUUUACACAAUUUCUUUUGAAAGCCGAAGUAGAUCUGUUUAAGCGACGAGUUUACGCGUUAUCUACGUACGAUUUGCGUUGCUUGGCUAAGAAACUGCUUCGUAGCAUUAGGAAACUGGAUAAUGUACCCGAAUUCAUACAUCCUUUACAAAUAUUAUGCCAGCAUUUAACUAUAAAAAAAAUUGCACACCAUCUGUGCACGUCACAUAUCAAGGAGUGUGCGACACAUUCUAUCAGUUUGAAUUUCAAGCAUUGUCUGUCUCUUGUAGCUAAGAGACAAGUGGAACUAAAGAAUGGCAUUGUAUCACUUCCCUGUGGUAAAUGGAAGGAAUAUUUGACACAUUUAUUUCUUACAAAUCUCAAAUCUAGAAUUAAUACUACAAAUUUAGAGCCACUGAAAAGUGAUCCACGAAUAUUAGAGUUACUGUACAAAUUAAAGCGAGAACUAUUCCCUUUCAUAACUAGAAGUAGCACAGGAAUAUUAUUAAGUAACAAAGUUGAUACAGUCUCAAAGUUCUUUCCCCCUUGUAUGUUAAACUUACAUCACAAUCUACGCAAAAGACAUAGACUGUCACACUCUCAGAGAUUCUACUACAGCUUGUUUUUAAAAGACAUUGGCAUGCCAGUUGAAGAAGCUAUAGAUUUCUGGAGAGCUGAAUAUCGACAGAGCCCAAGUGGAAGUCAUAAUUGCUGUCAUCAUUGGGAGAAAGAUGAGAAGAAGUACCUGUACGGUAUACGACAUAUGUAUGGAUUGGAAGGGCGUCGAAAAAGCUAUACUUCAGUUAGUUGCCAGCGUAUACAGAGCUCUGAUAUGUCAUGUAAUGAAGGGGGAUGUCCUUUUAAGUCUUUUGACAACCUUCAAGUGCUUCUACGUCAAAAUAAUCCCUCAUGUACUGAUACAUUACUGUUUAAAAUAAAUGAAUUGAAGAGGAAACAUCAAUAUAGUACAGCUUGUAUUUUAUAUCUUAAAAGUUUUCAACCUAACUGUGAUAAUCUUAGCUAUAAUUUAACACCUGUAAAGUAUCACACUGUUGCAAUGAAAUGCGAUUCUGUAGAGUUAUAA